AUGGGAAACCAGCAGUCUGAGAGUGACGUGCUCCUCUUUGUGGUUGACCGGUUGCCGCGGCAGCAGCAGUGUGAGGACGGAGUUUGUAUGAAGCGUCGUUGUUUUCCUCUGAGAGGAGACCACAGCCUGCUGACCCCUGACACACACACACUCCUGGGGUUGAGGCAAUGUGAUCAGGUGCAGUCAGGGGGUGUGGCUCCUCUCUCAGGAGGCUCAUCCAGCAGCAAACCCAACACCGCGUCGGCCAGGCAGCGGCCAGCAGCAUCUCCGACUCGUCGUCUGCGGUUUGAGGAUGAGACGGAAAAGGAGGCGGAAUCUCGUUACCUGGAGCGACAGCGGCAGAAGAGACAGACGGGGAACUGCGGAGUUGGUGUGGUGAUGUCCAAACCAGACUUGAACCUGUACAUCAAUGGCACGGCGGAGGCAGGGCACGCGGUCGGCAAGCAGCCAAGGGGGCGAACAGUGGUGAGCAGAGCAGGUCAGAAUCACACCUGUGAGAGAGGAAUAAGAUGCGGAGUCAAUCUCUGGCAACACUCACCUGGAACUGACAAGAGGGGGAGCCUAAACAGACAGCACCUUAACCUGCGGACUGAACCAAUCAGAGAGACCUACAUCGGCUCUGUCACCAGUGUGGAAAAGGAUGGGGCUUACACACAGGUGAGACGGCAAUCAUUGGAGCUAAAUGGAGCCCAGGUGACUUUUCAUCAAGCCAUGCCCUACGCUGGCCUGCCAACCAACCCCUAUGCCCCUCACUCAAUGGGGCUGUGUACUACCCACCCGCCCAAACUGCACAGAGAGCAUCAAUUGGGGCCUGAGCCUAGGGAGAGGAGAGGGCGUGAGGUGGAGGAAGAUCUGAACAACAUGAUGAAGAACUCCUCAUCCUCCUCAGAGAGGAGCGCAGACACAACAGCUGAGAGUCAUCCCCCGCCCACCUCAGAGCCAAUGAGAGCAGAGCUCCACCAACUUGACGUUUCACUUCCUCCACAUUUAAGCAGCAGAGAAGAUUCCUCCCGUCUUUCUCUGCGACGUUUUUUCUCCACCGUCACACUGAGCAGGACUCGAACCAGCAGCCUCGACCGCCUCUGCUCACGGACCCAUGAGCGAACCCACCCCUCCCUCGCUGACUCCACCUCCUCAAUUUCCAGGAACUCCUCCAGCCUGGUGAAGAAAACUUUAUCUGUUGAGUCGCUCAGUGUGGAAGUACCACUUUUCCAGUCAAGAAAGUCAUCUUUGGAGCUGAAGAAGAAGAAAGAUCGUUCUGCGAACUAUAAACCAGCUGCUGAACAGUCCUUACCUGGUAGUCUUGGCGUCAAAGACAUCAGUUGUCCCUCUUCAGUUUGCUCUGUUGGGCGGAUUCUUCAGAUUUGCCCUGAUGGGACAUUUUUAUUGGAGCUUAAGCGACCAGUGGGUCAGACGUUUGGCUUCAUCAUCAGCAGAGGAAGAGGACGACGUGACACUGGUGUGUAUAUAGAAGACAUGAACAGCAGCACUGGGAAGCUGUAUGCUGGCCUGCUGGCUAUUGGAGAUGAGAUCCUGGAAGUCAACGAGGAGAAGGUGGCCUGCCUCAGUCUGGACCAGGUGACAAACCUCCUGAUCAAGAACCAGUCUGUCACCAUUCGGGUCCUUCGACACCAGAGGACACGUUCAGAGUGACAACCACACUGCCUGACUGAAGAACCAGUUGCCAACACUGAACCUGACUCACCUGUUUAUGGCAGUAACAGAGUUAAAGCAAAACUGCAGUCUAUGUCUUACACUUUCUCAUGAUGAGAAGCUUCUUGUUUCCUGUUAAAUCACUUUGACUUGCUGGUGUGAAUAUUUGUUUAAUGCCAUGCAGUAUUUGUCCUCUGAGCUGAUACUAUUUUUU